AUGCCGUCGUCGACGCUCGGGAUCGCGCCGCUACUGGACGCCUACUUCCGGCGCCGAUUCACCGCGGCGGGCCUGGUCCAGGCGUCCGUGCCGCUCGACGGCGGCGCCACCACGAUGCAGUGCUGGCGCUUCCCGCCCGGCGCCAGCGAGGAGCUCCCCGUCCUCGUCCUCCUCCACGGCUUCGGCCCGCCGGCGACGUGGCAGUGGCGGCCCCAGGUAGGCCCUCUGUCGCGCCGGUUCCGCCUCGUCGUGCCGGACCUCCUCUUCUUCGGCGGCUCCCGCACGUCGCCCACGCCGGUCGACGGAGAGUGCUCCGAGGCCCACCAGGCGGAGGCGGUGGCGAAGCUCAUAGGCGCGAUCGUGCCCCCCUCAGCCAGGGCGUCGGUGGUCGGGACCAGCUACGGCGGCUUCGUGGCGUACCACGUGGCGAGGCUUCUGGGGCCGGAGGCCGUGGAGCGGGUGGUGAUCGCGAGCUCGGACCUGCUCAAGGGCGACGCCGACGACCGCGCCCUGCUGGCGCGCGGCGGGGCCGAGCGCGUGGAGGACCUGAUGCUGCCGCGCACCCCCGAGCAGAUGCGGCGGCUGAUGGGGCUCGCCUACCACCGCCCCCGCCCGUUCAUCCCGGGCUUCUUGCUCCGCGACCUCGUUCAGUAUCUCUACAGCGAGAACAUAGAGGAGAAGGAGGGGCUGAUCAAAGCGAUAUCCCUGGGGAACAAAGACAAGUUCCAACUCACUCCACUCCCCCAGCAAGUUCUUGUGCUGUGGGGAGAGCAUGACCAGAUCUUCCCCAUAGAGAAGGCAUUCCAGGUGACGAGGCAGCUAGGCGCAAAUGUUAGGCUGGAGAUCCUGAAGAACGCUGGCCAUAUGCCGCAGGCGGAGGACACAAAGAGGUUCAACGAGGCUCUCCUCAACUUCCUGCUGCCCGCUCCGAGUUCAUCGCUGUAA